GAAAAUAGUGGUCAAACAGAUUGGCAUUUCCGUGAUAAUGUACAAAAGCAAGGUCAUAUUCCAUACCCCUAUUUUGUCCUCUUUAAAACAGCUCGCCAGCCCGCUAUUUUGUCUCGAGGAGUCUCAAUAGUUUUUCAUACAGAGAAAGAGAGAAAGAGAGAGAAAGAGAGCAACAACACCAACUAUGGCCAAUUCUAAUGGCCUUUUCCUCGUAUCUUCCAUCUUCAUUGCAGCUCUCUUCACCGCCUCCGUCUCCGCCGGCGGGGACUUCAGCCAACUGAACUGGGAGCCGGCAGCGAAGGCAGCAGCCACAUGCCAAGGCUCGAUAGCGGAGUGCCUCGCGGGAAGGGACGAGUUCGAGAUGGACACGGAGAUCAACCGCCGCAUCCUAGCGACGACGCAGUACAUAAGCUACGGUGCGCUGCAGAGGAACACUGUUCCCUGCUCUCAGAGGGGUGCGUCAUACUACAACUGCAAGCCCGGUGCCGAGGCCAACCCCUACAACCGUGGCUGCAGUACUAUUACUCGUUGCCGUAGUUAAGCUUUUUCCUUUUUCUUUUUUAAUUUUGGUUUUAUCUAUGGCUUUGUUUUUAUUUGUAAAAUAAUAAAAAUAAUAAUAACAAAAAAUAAUAAUACGAUGAGUACUGGAAAUAUUUAGCUACUACAUUUGAUGUGGAGUGUUUUGUUUAAUAAUGUAUCUAUAAGCUCUUCAAUAUUAUUACGAGUUGAUUCGGUCUCUUUUCAUACUUA